CUAUAUUUCCUAAUUAUUUCCCAAAACUUAAUUUCUAGCGUCGUCCCCUAACCCUUGUGGCCUUAUCUCCAUUCUAAUUCUAUCUUCCUGAAAACCCAAAUCCCUUAUUCCCUUUUUAUUCUCUCUUCUUCCCUGACCCUAUUCCCUUUUCGUUUGUUUUUAUCAAUCUUUUUUCUUCAAUGUUUGAUUUUCAUUUUUAUCAAUGUUAAUUUUCGCUUGUUUUAUUUUUAUUUUUUCCUAUUUUUAUAAGUUUUUCUUUUGUGUAUGUUUAUAAGUUUAUUUUUUUUUUUAAUUUAUAAGUUUAUUUUUUUUUAUCAAUAUCAAUGUUUACUGUUUUUGUAUCAAUGUUAAUGGUAUAAUAUAUGUUUAUUUGUGUUAUCUUUCUCCUGCAACUGUUUUUGCUCCUAAAUCUGAUGCUCUGUGUCUCGUACAUCAAAUUUUGUUAUUCGGUCUAAAUAAAAAAUUCGGUCUGUGAAUGUAAAAUAUGGUUCGUUGCGGUUUGGUCUAGAAAUUAAUUUGAUUUGGUCUAAAAAUAUAAAGACUGAAUAAAAUACGGUUUGGAUUUGAUUUUGAUGAAAGUCUAAACCGUUGACCGUUGACUGAACUUUCACCCCUAUCUAUACUUGUCCAAUGCUGUCAUGACAGAAUUUGAGUUAUAUAAAAGCCAUAUUCAAAUACAAAAUGAUGAUUGGAGUAUCUCAGUUGGUACAAGUUUUAGUGACUGACAGUAGACACCUAUGUUCAAACCUCGUCAACAACAUUUUUUAACUUAAUUUUUCUUUCAAGAACCCAUUCUAAUUUCUUGCACACACACGACAUUACCCUCACCAUUUCACAUUUUAUCUUCACAAAACAGGCGAACAGCAACACUGCAACAGCCCUUCACCCUUGCCCCUUCCAGCCGGAAACCGACGCCAUACCCCUCCAGCUGGCAGACGAGAGACGCCACCACAGUCUACAGUGCCGGCGUGCACCAGCGGGCAGCCUUCUCUUCCCAGUUCCCACUCGUGAGAGGUGAAAGGAAAGGAGGACUAGCUAUAUAAGAAUAGAUAACUGAUAUACAAUUAAUUGCAUGGACAUUAGUGAGAGCUGAGAACUGGAAGUCUAGAGCAUGAGUUUGGAAGAUCAGUUUCCUGCUACAGUUGAUUUAGGUCUUCAAAGUCAUUUACUUUCUUUGGCAACAAAAAGAAAAACACGACUUCUAUGAAAGACAGAAUGAUUGAGCAACAGCUGAAAGCAUGCAACAAAAAUAUGAAGAAUCCGGAGAGCAGAAAAACUGCUUUUAGUUCAUAUAGUACUACUAGUAGGAAGCAAAGCAGGAAGGGAGAAAAUCCAAAUCGGUUCACGCCAAUAACUGAAAAAUCUCCUGAUUUUGGAUGUUCUAGUACUUGGAUUUGUAAAAAUUCUGCAUGUAGAGCUGUUCUGUCCAUUGAUGACGCAUUCUGUCGAAGGUGCUCUUGCUGUAUAUGUCACCGAUUUGAUGAUAAUAAGGACCCAAGCCUUUGGUUGGUUUGUGAAUCUGAGUCUGGGCAGGAUGAUUCUUGUGGAUUAUCAUGCCACAUUGAGUGUGCUUUUCAAAAAGAUAAGCUGGGAGUUGUGAACCUUGGUCAGUACAUGCAUUUGGAUGGGAGUUACUGUUGUGCUUCUUGUGGAAAAGUAUCUGGGAUACUUGGAUGUUGGAAAAAGCAAUUGGCUGUUGCAAAGGAUGCUCGACGUGUCGAUGUGCUUUGUUAUAGAAUUUUUUUGAGUUACAGGCUUCUUGAUGGCACAUCUAUGUUUAAGGAACUCCAUGAGAUUGUUGCAGAGGCAAAAACAAAGCUGGAAGCUGAGGUAGGUCCCAUGAAUGGCGACUCUGUCAAGAUGGCUAGAGGCAUUGUAAGUAGGCUUGCUAUUGCUGCGGAUGUACAGAAACUUUGUUCUCAUGCUAUUGAUAAAGCUAAUGAAUGGCUCGCCAAUGUUUCCAGUAUGAGUGCAAACGGCAAAGUGGAUUCACUUCCUGCUGCAUGCAGGUUCCUGUUUGAAGAAGUUACUUCUUCUUCCCUUGUAAUAGUUUUGAUUGAUAUCCCCACACCAUUAACUGGUUCAAUCGUCGGCUACAAACUGUGGUACUGCAAAAGCCAACAGGAGGAGUUUUCGGAAGAGCCUUUAUCCAACUUUCCUAGAGAGAAAAGGAGGAUUUCUGUAACACACCUCCAGCCUUGCACCGAGUACACAUUUAGAAUAAUUUCCUACUCGGAAGAUGGGGAUCUAGGCCACUCUGAAGCUAAGUGCUAUACCAAGAGUGUUGAGAUCCUUAGCAAAAAUUCCGUCACAAAAUUGUUUAAGAAGGAAAAUCCUUCUCUAGAGGGUUACUCCUCAAAUGAAAAGGAGCAUCCAAACUUGAAUUUUGCUGGCUCGUCGUCUGGGUUUAAAGUCCGGGACCUUGGGAAGAUAUUGCACCUUACUUGGGUACAAGAACAGGGCCGCCUUGAAGGCUUCUCUAGUGCUGAUGUGGAACAGUCCUUAGCAACCAAAUCUGAGGGAUUCCCAAAAGAUCGAGAGUUACCUCCACCUGUUUAUCGUGAGCUCGACCUAAACGUUGUUUCAGUUCCUGAUUUAAACGAAGACCUUACUCCACCUCUCGAGUCUUCUAGGGAUGAAGACAAUGGAUGCACAUUGGAGCGCGCUGCUGGGGCUGAUGAUGAUGCUGCUUCUCAUGGUAUUGAGAAGAAUGAGCUUGGGGUUAGUGGGCCAAGUGAUGAUUCUCAGGCUUGGGUCCCCAUUCGUAAUGAAGACGUGGCUGCUGUGGAUUCCUUGGUGGAGAACUGUCGGAAGAGGGCUUCAAGUGCAAAUGAAGAAGCCCAUGAUUGUGACAGUACACUAAUAAAUGGAUCACCAUUUCGGGCGUCUAAUGAGCCUGGUUCUCUUGAUCGUCACUUUGAGUUUUGUGUUAAGUACAUCCGACUUCUGGAGUGUAACGGUUAUAUAACCCCGGAAUUUAGAUUGAAAUUAUUGACAUGGUUUAGCUUAAGAUCUACUGUACAAGAGCGUCGGGUAGUUUACACCUUCAUUGAGACUCUUGGGAAUGAUCAUAAGAGCUUAGCAGGGCAGCUGGUCGACUCUUUUGGAGAUCUAAUAUCCAGAAAGCGGCCCAGGAAUAGCUUCACUAGCCAGCCUUCGUAAAUCUUAACUAUGGAUGGGAGACAUUGUCUUGGAUUGAAUUCAGAUGUUUAGCACACAGUUCUUUGGAGGCAUUACCUGAUUUUCAUCCAGAGAAAAGGGAUUCCAAUUAGUGGAUAACCUACACAUUUUAGGAGGUAUUUGUUAGAUUCUCUCCUUGACCACAGUUGUAGAAAAGAUUCACAUUGAGACAGAAUCAUUGUUGCCUUCUUUUAAUUGAAGGAGGGAUGCUUAUUGGUCAAUUCACUAAUGAAAUUGCUUUUCUUUC